UUGGUGCAAAUCCCACCAUGCUGAAUUUCACUGUGGAGUCCAACCGUGCUCAGUCGCUACGCCAUGGAGUUCUUGUUCUCCGAGCUGUGGUAAUAGCCUUUGUGGUCUGCUGGCUGCCCUAUCACGCUCGCCGUCUCAUGUUUUGCUACGUGACUGAGUGGUCAGAUGAGUUAUAUGACUUCUACCACUAUUUCUACAUGCUGACCAAUGUCCUGUUCUACGUCAGCUCGGCCAUAAACCCUGUCUUGUACAACCUGGUAUCAGCCACCUACCGUCAGAUCUUCUUCUCCACGUUGCGGUACUUCUGCAUGCCCUGCCGUCACACAAACAGGAAUCAACCAUACCCCCUCAACCGCCACUCCAUUAGCAUCUCCAGUAGCCACACCCUUUCCACUAACAUCAUUAAAGAGACGGCAUACUGAUUAAGCUGCAGAUAAACACACCUUCUUUCACUUUGUCAUAAAUUCAUACAUUGCCACAUCUUGAUUACAUUUUCCCAGAGGAAAUUAUGGCAUUGAGUUGGAGAAUGUGGUCACCAUCAUCGUCAUGUGAGGUUAAAUUCUCACUCAUUAAAUGCUCUGAUUUAAUUUCAGACACAUUUUCUCAUGGAUUAUUGUGUUUCAUACCUUUAACAUGAGAUUGUUAAAUCAAAAAAGAAAAUACGAUGGAUGGAAGAAGAGGGGGGGAGGCAAGACUUUACAAAAGAUACUGAUGUAAAUUAUUUAUACUGUAUGUUUGUACAUAUAUGUUUUUAUUUCACCAAUCACUGAAAUGAAUUUAAUGGGUGGUGUACCUCACUGAUUCAGUUUUUCUAAACAUUUAGCUUAUGUAACUCCUAAAAGUAUUUUCUCAAAAACAACGCCUUGUAGAAAUACUUUGACCACAACAACAGCUAUGAUGUAACCUUCC